AUGCAUCGGGCGGAGGCCCUCCUGGCGAUCCCGGCAGCGACGGGUCUGUGCUUUAACUACAAGCGCCAGAAGGACUUGAAGCAGCGGCUGCAGGUAAGGCGAACUGGCCAUCGUUUACAAGGCGAAGCAGCAGAUGAUCCUGCCAUCCUGUCAUCUUCCUUUGAGGUGAUGGAGGCAGUAGCCCAAGCUUGCAUGGAGGCCUGGUGUGAGUCUGAAGGCUUCCCAACAGAAGCAGCCAGAAGUCACUUUGGAGACUUUUCUUUUGGUGAAAGCCUGCAGCUCGAGGAUGAUGGAGCGGGUGCAGCUGGAAAGGGUAAGUCUGUCUUGAAUCUUUACCAUUACUUCAAUGAAGAGACAUGCCUUGAAGAACCAUGCCGCCAACACGCUGAUCCUGGGCUAGUCACCGUUCUGUGUCGCAGCAGCACAACAGGACUAGAAGUGCGCUUGCCCCUGAAACCUGGUGGGGCACCAGGGAUACAUGCCACCUACCAGGAGGAAUGGCAAGAUGUGGAGGAGGUUAUGGAUCAAUGCGCUCAGGAUGCUGGCGCCACGGGGAGGGGAGUGGAGGGUUCGGAGGUGUUUUGCUUCCUUGUUAUCGUUGGUGAGACGUUGGAGCGCUUGAGUGCAGGCAGGCACCCGGCCUGUUUGCAUCGCGUUGCAAGGCCGAGAAGGACAGCUGCCCAGCCGCGCUUCAACAUGGCCUUCGAGCUGCGACCCAGGUGUAACGUCUGGCAUCCGUGGCAGCAGGUCCUGGCGACAGGUGCCACUGCUUGA